AAAAGUCAAAAUAAUUCCUCCAUACUUGAUUAAAAUCUUGUUCGCAAAUGAGUCUGAAAAUGUUCAAUAUUUGUUGAGUCCAUAUAGAGAAGAACAAUAACACUCCGAGGUCCAUUUCGGCAAGAAUCAAGCCAUUUUUUCGGUAGAAGCAAAGGCUGUUUAUGUUCGGCCAUCUUGUUCCCACAAUGCAAACUGUUUAAUGCUUUGUGACCUAGCCUUUGUUCUAUUUUCAGGUUAUUAAGUAUUCCAAACCUAGAAAGGAUAUCUAGAUUACUUACGCAAUGUCGGACCUUUUCGGUAAAAUUCAAGCUCAAGAGCUACGAAAUAUCAAAAUAAGCGAUCCAAGCUUAUCAUACGCUGCAAAAUCCUCUGCUAGAAAGGUUAUUUUCGCCUUGGAUAUACCCUAUCCUCUGUUUAAAAUCUGGCACGAGCGUGUACAAAGUUUUUUUCGCCAAGUUGAAAAUUCUACCGGAAGUGAGGAAGAAAAAAGCAAAUUACCCCUCAAAUACCCAUUUGUGGCACUUUUAGAGCAUUCUCUGCCUGGAUGUUGCUUCUGUUUUUCCUCUGACGACAAUGUUAGAAGAGAAAUAAAUGACAGUUUACGAAAAAACUGUGCAAUAAUUGUACAGAAGUACAGGGCAUCUAGAGGCAUGGCAAGAAUGAAAUUAGAUGGACUUUCAAAGAAGUUCCAUGUCUUUCAAGGCCAAACAGAACCUGUAAAAAAACUCCAGGGUGAAAUUGUCAACUGGAAAGCUAGAUGCCAUAAUCUGGAAGCAAGAUCCUCAGAACUUUACAAGGAAAUGCAGAGUGUGCUCAUGGAGUCCAAGAGGAAGGACAACAUUAUACAAGACCUCUCAAAAACAAACAAAGAGCUUGCCAGUUAUAUUGAUCAGCUUGAGAGGUCUCAGAAUCUUCAAUACCAAGGGAAGUCACUGCAUGAAGCUAAAAACAAGCAGAGGACUCUAAAAGAAUUUCUUAGCAGAGCAAAUCUUGCCCUAUGGUUUCCCAAAGCCUUUGGUAUUGAAGUAACUUCGGUAAGUGUCACUGAAACUGAAUCUGGGCAGGUCCAUCAACUGAGUGCUGGUGAUGCUUCAACAUCAACUGAAUCUGAAGAUGGCCAAGGAACCAAUCAGUAUGAUAGACUUAGUGAUGAUGAAAAGGGGCAAGUACAGGAGGUUUUAUUCCUCUUAGACAAAUAUUGUGUUGGGGAUAAUUUUUACCAUGAGCUCUCAAUGAUUUCAAAUGGUCUGCCAAAAUCUUAUCUAAUCAAGCAGUGUAGAGAUAACUACAAUGAUCUCUGUCACAUUGAAGACCUCCCUAAUAAUCACCUUGGCUCAAAAUGUUCAUUUGCUGAGCUUCUAACCAUUCAUGCAGCUGACUUUCUUGACAAUAAUCCUGAUUUUGAUUAUGCUAAUGAGACACUUAAGGUAAAAAUUAAUGGAGAUGGAGCUAGGAUGACAAGAAAUUCCAAUUUUAUUUUUUUAACUUUCUCUAUUUUACAAACAGGAGCUAACGUAAUGUCUGUUAAAGGUAACAGAAACAUUGCAGCUGUUAAUGCUUCCGAAUCAUACACCACCUUAAAGGAAGCCUUUAGUGUCACUUUUGAGGAGAUUAACAACUUCAUUGCUUCUGGUAAAUUAACAGUCAAUGAUAAAACAAUUAACUUGGAGUUUUUUCUUGGUGGUGAUUAUAAAUUUGUGUUACUAAUGCUUGGUCUUAAAGGUGCAACUGCUAACUAUGCAUGUGCUUGGUGUAAAAUUCAUAAGGAUGAUCGCUGGAAAACUGAUAAUGAUUUUCAUUUCUUUAAUAAAUCUCCAAUGUCAAGAUCUCUCAAGGAAAUUAAAGAGCUAUGUAAGAAAUCAACAGAUAAUUACUGUUGUGGAGCAGAGCCUUUACUUAAUAUUGAGCUUGAUCAUGUGAUUGUUGACGAAUUACACUUGAUGCUGCGAGUAACAGAUGUACUAACUAAAAAUCUUGUUUAUCAGGCAAUUGACAGAGAUAAAAAGGAUGACUUUGACAAAAAAAGAGGGGAGGGAAAAGGUAUCCAUCUCAAAAAGCUAGUUUCCACCAUACGGUCUUUGGGCAUUUCUUUCGAUGUUUGGGAACAGCUAAAUGCUGAUAAGUCAUCAAGUGGUAAAUAUGAUUUCACAAGUUUAACAGGAUCAAACAAAAAAACACUUCUCAGUCAAUUGCCUGAUAAACUGCAUGAUUUGCUAACCCCUGACAGCAGGGAUAAGGUAACUCAACUGUGGAGAGAUUUUAAUAAUAUUUACAUACAAAUUACUAACAUGGAGCUUAACAUUUUGCCAGAAAUAAUUGCUGACCAAGUUAAGGAAUGGAUUGAUUUGUUUUGCUCAUGCAGAACUGUGGCAGAAGGUUACGAGAGGGCUCGUGUUACUCCUUACAUGCACAUUCUUUUUGCCCAUGUUCCCUUUUUUGUUGAAAAAUACAAAUGUAUUAAAAUAUUUACUGGACAUGGGGUUGAAAAAAAUAAUGAUGUAGCUAGAUCUGUCCUCCACAGGAAAUCUAAUAAAUGGGAUUCUGUGGGGGACAUUCUUAAACAAGAAUUUAGACAAUGGGAACUCAAACACAAGGAGAGAGAGAAGAGAAAAUAUGAAAAAAAAUUACUUACUGGAAUGAAGAAAUAAAAACUACCAGACAAAAAAAGGAGAAAAACUAAUACUGAGACCCCUGACAUGGAACCCUCAACUUCAGCAGACACUUCCGUUGGGGAACGCUCAGUAGACCAGCCUGAACAAGUAGAUCCCAAAUCAAUGACUGUCAAACAGUUGAGGGAACACUUAAAAGCCAGAGGUUUAAAAGGCUUAAGCAAAAAAAGUAAAGCUGAAUUAGCAUACUUUUAAAAGUGCCAGAAGGUAAUUGUGAUAUGGCACUAUACAAAUAUACAUAUUUACAUGUAUAUAUUUAAAUUGUAAAAGGUUCUCUAAUAAAAUCAAAUGUAAUUUUCUCAGUA